CAGGUUAUCACUCCGUUGCAUGCAUUUUGCACUCGCUGCCUGUAUUCAUCGACGUUAUUGACGCGACAGCGAAUCACCGACCCAUUCUUCGUCCUUCCACCUUGAACACGGAACAAUCGCCCUCCUCGCGAUGGUCUGCAUGCGCAAAAAUCCCAUCAUUGCUAGGACAGGACAAGUCCAAAGAUAAAGAGCCGCGCUGUAUUUGGGUUUGAACAUUCGGUUCAAACGAGCCUCUUACAAUGCCUCCCGAUGGGCAUCGUGAGGGCGCCCGGGAGCGUGAGAUGCACAGAUAUUACCAGCCAUGGCUCGAAAGAUACAUAUCCGCCCAACUCGAGCAAGCCGAAUACCUCCCCCCGAAAACAACCCACAACCCUCGCUCCUCAAGAGACAAGGCAUUGACCGCUUUCGCUCAACUUGGCUGUCUUCGGUUGAACGCCCGAAGAGGUAUUAUCACAUUGCUGGACAGCACUAGACAAUAUAUCAUCGCCGAGGCCACUCAAUCUCUGUCGCUCUUAUCCGAUGCUCAGCAUAUUGAUGGCGAUGAGCUCUGGUUCGGGAAUUCUUUCAUCGAACGCGGUGAAGGCGUGUCAGGAGAUGCAAUGUUUCCGGAGAAAUAUACGGCGCAUGCACAGGACGGCUCCUCGUAUAGUGCCCCCGCCUUGGUGGUCAACGAUCUUGCUAAGGACGAGCGCUACAAGACUCGGGGCUACGCAGGAAAUGGCGUCUCAUUCUAUUGUGGAGUACCCAUUACCACGAGCAGGGGUUAUGUUAUCGGAGUUUAUACUGUGACCGACGACAAACCUCGAGAUGGUUUGUCGCCUGAACAGCUCCGAGUCAUGUGCGACAUGGCCGUCAUUGUAGCCGAGCAUCUAGAGUCGGUCAAAAGUGAUCGAGCUAGAGCUCGUGGCGAACGCCUCAUUCGCGGCAUUGGUGCAUUCAUCGAGGGAGAAUCUGGCAUCGACUCUGUGCAAACAACCCCAGGCCAUCAGCCUCAACCGAGAGAGAGGAGGUUUUCUGCUGAGUCAGGUCAAACAAUUUCACCAGGGCAUCCGAAGACUCCAGCGUUUAAGGGAAUGGUUAUCGGAGAUGCGAACACACCUGCUAGCGAUUCACACGAGGCAAUGAAUCACGAUUUGGAACACGCUAGUCAUGACUACUUCUCAGACCGAGCGCAACCCGACAACGAUGGUUACAAGGCAACGAUACCGGCACCCGAGAACCGAGAUUCUGAACACAGGCAGAGGCGAUCAACGCCUCUCAAGCGUAGUGCAACAGGGCAGAAGAACUCUUUACUCAGUCCACAGCACGUCUUCGAUCGCGCAGCUACAAUUCUUCGAACUUGUGUGAAUGCUGACGGAGUUGUGUUCAUCAAUGCCAGUGCUGCGAAUCUCAGCGCAGGUACGAGUAUGAACGACGCUGAUUCUGGUUCGCAAUCUGGCGUCAAUACACUUCAACAUUCCAGAGCUAAGAGCAAGCGUCAUGUCGAGCAUUUGCAGAAUGACGCAGUACAGGUCCAGAUUGACGGGACUGCUAACGGCAUUCCUGAUCCCGAGGCCAAAGAAGCAAGCGAUUCGAGUUCGUCAGGAGGGACACGAAGUAAUAGUGAUUCUUCCACAGCUCCGAUCAAGAAGCAGUUUUGUGAGCUUUGGGGCACAUCCAUGCUCAAGCAACAGAAGGCUUUCAAUAUUUCCCAGCAGACCCUGCGACGGUUUGUCCGCCGUCACCCAAAAGGAAAAUGCUUCACCUUUGACAAGUUUGGCAAACCCGCCUCGAGCGACGAGAGUUCCGAAUCUGCUUCUACAAUGCCUGAGGACGACCCGAGCAAGGCCGGAAGCAAGUCUCCGAAAGCAGUACGACACAUCUCGACAACGACAUCUUUGAUAAAAGCGCUUCCCGAGGCGAGAAACAUCGUAUUCCUCCCACUAUGGGACUUCUCGAAAGAAAGGUGGCAUGCAGCGGUUGUCCUAUGGUCCAAUGAUCCGUCUCGGCUCACCAAUAUCGAAGAUGACAUGUCUUACCUUGCCGCUUUCAACAAUGCGUUGAUGAACGAGGUGAACCGUAUCAAUCUUGCCUUGUCCGACACGGCCAAGGCAACCUUCCUGGCCAACAUCUCCCACGAACUCCGAUCCCCUCUCCAUGGUAUCCUUGGAAGUAUCGAGUUUCUCCAUGACACGAACAUGGAUGACUUUCAGGCAGGGAUGGUGAUAUCAGUCGAAACCUGUGGCAAAACUCUAUUAGACACAGUCAAUCACGUGCUCGAUUAUGCAAAGAUAAACAAUCUUUCGAACCAGAAUUCCAAACGACUGGGUUCUUCACGGAACCAGGGCUAUCAGCAGUCUACAAACUCGGAUGAUAGCUUGACGGGGGAUUUUGACAUGGCUCUCAUAGUCGAAGAAGCAGUCGAAGCGGUGUAUGCCGGUCAAGUCUUCCGAUCCGCCAACACGGAUGCGCUCGAAGGCAAGGGUCCAAGGAGCUCAGCCGCUGGCCGCGCGAUGGAGAAGAGGUUCGCCACACGAGAGAGUCUCAGCGAAGCGGCUGCUAACAACGCUGACGCCGUACGCCUUACCCUGAAUAUCGAUGAUCACAUGGACUGGAGAGUACGAUCACAGCCUGGCGCUAUACGCCGGGUCGUGAUGAAUAUUCUUGGCAAUGCACUAAAGUACACAAACAAGGGCAGCAUUGAUGUCUCUCUUGUGGUCGACCAUAGCCGAAAGAAAGGCCAUUCACACCUGCACGCUCACCUCAAGGUGACAGACACUGGGAGAGGAAUGUCUGGAGAAUUCAUGAAGAAUCACGCAUUCACUGCUUUUUCGCAAGAAGAUUCUUUGGCUACUGGUACUGGACUUGGAUUGAGCAUUGUCCGACAAAUCGUCGAUUCACUCGGAGGAAAGAUCGAUCUUGCUAGUGAAAAGGACGCCGGUACAGAAAUAAGCAUUUGGCUGAGUUUACCCAAGAGUCAACAGCCUGCCCAACCAGACUUUGAGAGGAACAUCAUGACAGAGAUGCGCAAACGGACCAAAGGACUUGAAAUCAGCCUGCUUCUGCCAACGCCAGAGGAACCGGCAGAGUCUCAGACCAAAGCAUUGCGUCCAAUGCCUACGGUUGAAAGCUCAAUGAAAAACCUGCUAUCUCAGUGGUUCAGUAUGAACGUCACCAAGGCUAAAAGCAUGGAGGGUAUUUCGCCAAGCUUCUUCCUCUAUCCAGAGCCGCCCCGUAUCGAUUAUCUGAUGGACCACCACGGCAAUCCUGACUCGCCAAGAGAGAUACCUGUCAUUGUCCUAUGUACCAACGCAUUCGAGGCAGCGAGUCUCAGAUCGCAUGGCCUUCAUCAACUUACCGACAUUGGCAGAAUCAUUGAGAUCAUCUCACAACCUUGUGGGCCUCAGAAGCUAGCCAAAGUGCUUCACCGAUGCAUGCAACGGAUGAAAAUGCUUGAGACAGAUCAUUCGAAGGGUUCUACGGAACAUGUGCCUAUGUCCAUGAAUCGCAACAAAACAGAGGAUAAGGAUAUGGCCAGCAAAUCCCCUUCAGGUGCACAGAAGUGGCAGGGAGGUGAGCCUGAGUCUGGCGCAGAGAAGUUGACGCACAGGCCCAAGGACAAGGACAAAGACAAGGACAAGCAUAAGAGGCACUCUCAAGUGUCGGCUGCCAAACAAGCUGCCAGAGAGGAGCUCCAGUCGUUCGACGGGCCUGAUUCAGCCGAAGAUCUGGAGCUCGAGAAGCAAGCCGAGAACAGACCACGAGUUUUGGUGGUCGACGACAAUAACAUCAACCUACAUCUCCUUGUCACAUUCGUCAGGAAAACAGGGAACCCGCAUGAAUCUGCAACCAACGGACUAAAAGCGUUGGAAGCUUACAAACGCAGCGUGCUUGAAGACAAGAAAGCAUUCAAGUAUAUUCUCAUGGACAUAUCGAUGCCAAUCAUGAACGGCAUCGCAGCGACAAAGGAGAUUCGCAAAUUCGAGAAGGAGAAUCAGAUCGAAGACCACGCCACCAUUAUCGCAUUGACUGGGUUGGGAAGCGAAAGUGCUCAGACGGAGGCUUAUCAAGCUGGCUUUGAUAACUUCCUGAGCAAGCCCAUUAAGUUCAGAGAGUUGCAAAGACUACUUACGUGAUAUAAUGGCUUUUAGGC